AUGGACGCACACAACGCGCAGCGCUCGCCCGCCGCCAAUGAAGCAGCGAACCAGACUUUAAGGUCGCGACGGCGCAACUCCCUUCCGCUAUCCAUCAAGACAUCCGACCCCCGCCCUGCACAGCGCUCCUCGCACUACAUUCGCAACGCUGCCACCUCGCCUCAGAUUAUCUCCUCGCUCAUCGACCAGCUGUCCGCCAUUUCUAUCCCCGCAAACAACCACUUUGAGAACCUGCUCGUGGGCUACGACAGCGCCCCUGUCCCCUCUGCUGCCCCUAGCCUGCGCGCCCACUCGCACUCGGACAAGACCUCCAUCGCCACGGGAUACGAUGGCGCCUCGGCCGACCACGCCUCCUACCACGACUCACUAAGAAACCAGAACCAUAUUGACCCAGACGACGCAUGCGAGCCCCCCGUUGUCCGCACCUCCAAGCCCCCCUCGGGCAAGUCGCCCCUGACCGCGCCCAAGAAGGCCAGCAAGCCGCACUCGCUCAGCAACUACCUCGCCCGGAGCGGCAGCAGCUCCUGCUCCCUCCAGUCCAUACACUCGAACCGCUCCGCAAGCAGUUUUGGCAACAUCAGCAUUGAGGCGGGGCCGACGCGCCAGGUCUCCAUCGGCAGCAACAGAUCCUCCGUCGAGAGCAAGCGCAGUGUCAAGGCCCACAAGAGCCUGAUGUACAUGAGCUCGCGCGAGCGGCUGCGGCAAAAGGAAACUGAACGAAAACGCGCAACUGUGCACGGCUUUGACGACAUCUCGACUACCGACUCCCCAAGGAAGAACACGACCCAUCUUUUCCCCUACGAAGAUACGAUCAAGGAAGAGCCUUUAUCCGCAAAAGACGACCUCGACAUCGACGACCUUGACGACGACCCCUCUCGCUUUGUCCCGCGAUACCCAAGCACGCGCCGAGUUCGCUUGAAUCUAGUAGAUGGUCCAUACGGCGAGAGUCCAGCGGAGAAAGGCCUGAUCCCCGAACGUGGCUCAUCCUUGAGGCACGCAGCUAGUCCGACGCGCAAAUCCAGGAAGCAUCGCUCCGAGGAAAAGAGCCGACACAAGUCCAGCAAUAAAGCCGAGCACGCGGCCGAAUCAGCCAAGAAAAUGGCAUCAGAAGAGAAAUUGGAUCCAGAGGCGCAGAAGCAGAAGAAGAUUCUGGACGAGCUGGAACAGGAAGAAAAUGAAGUUGCUCGAAGGAUUCGACAGCUGCGAGAGCGCAAAAUGCAGAGGGAGAAAUUGGCCGGAGUUUUGCCGUCAGAAAUGGAUGCAGGGGCGACACCACCUAGGUUGCCUUGUGUUUCAUCUACUUCAAGUCCUCUGUGCUCCCCCACUACAACUGUGUCAAGUGUGUCAGAUGAUGGAAGGAGAAUUAGUGACUCCACAAAGGCACACAAGGUCCUCGGUAUCUUGCAGGAUCCAGCAGAUAGGCCUGUUGAUAGAGAAUAUGCGGAUAGGCACGAUCCUUCAGCACCGAAUCGAGCACGAAGCAUGCGGCCUAGACCCCGGAGUCUAACGCUAAACGAUAGCGAUGGUGUGAACCAGCUCCCCAUCGACUACACGCUUGCCCUCGAAAGCCUCGGCCAACUCUCCCCAAUGUUUGCUCCAAACACACGGCCAUCAAAACCGCCUGCCCCCCCGAGCAUCGCUUCCAAAUCCACAAUGACAAGCUCCGAGUCUUCUGUGCUCAGGCGCUCCAACUCGCUCGUCGUCGGAGGGAGGUCCGCAGUCGCGCGGCGAGCGGCAACCACUGCCAUCAUCGUCACCAAACCUUCCGGACACAAGCACUCUUCCAGUGUCACUGAUGAAUCGAGUUCCAGACUGACUCUGCCUUCACGGGCGGCCAGCGAAGAGCCCAUCACCCGCCACCGCUCAAUGCUCAUAACGCCUAUGCCAGAUUCCCAUAGCGCGCAGCUUCAUCGCAAGCGCACGGGCGCCAAGAAGAGGUGGUCUCACCCCGAUUUGCCAGCCAAAGCAGAGAAAGCGCAUAACGACAGAAUAGAACGGAGAGAAGAAAGCGCACGAGCCGCGGCCGUGCAAACUCCACCACAGCCGAUAAUUGAAGAGCGACCAGCGAGCCGCGAUUCCAUUGAUCUGGAUGUGAAUCAAUACCUGGAUUCGGAGCGCUUGUCGCAAAAGAUUCGGCAUCCGCAAACUGGCAGGCUUAUAUCCUUUUCCGAAGUUGGUGAUCCCCAAGGGUUUGCCGUCUUUGUCUGUGUUGGCAUGGGCCUCACGAGAUAUGUAAUGGCCUUUUACGAUCAGCUCGCUGCUACACUAAAGCUGCGACUGAUUACGCCGGACCGCCCUGGUAUUGGAGCAAGUCAAGUUGAUCCGAAUGGGACUCCACUUAGUUGGCCUGAUGACGUCCUCAUAAUAUGUCAAGCCUUGAAGAUCAACAAGUUCUCCAUACUAGCACAUUCGGCAGGAGCCGUCUACGCUCUUGCAACAUCGCUGCGAAUGCCACAACACAUACGCGGCAAAGUGCACUUGCUUGCGCCUUGGAUCCCCCCAUCGCAAAUGGCGCCUAUCGGUAUUAGCCAGGACAGCCCACCAACACAGCAACUUCCGAGAUCACAACGCUUCCUCCGUGCCCUGCCUCCAUCGCUUCUCAAGGUGGCAAACUCGACCUUCCUAAGUGCAACGAGUGCCAGUCUCCAACGGACCGGACCCAAGACCGCGCCUAAGGCAAGGCGGAAAAGCAUCGCACCUUCGCCAACGCCAAGCCAGGCCGCCGUAAGGCCACCACUAAAAGAUACGCACCGACACUCCAUGAUGGUCAUGGACCAGGUUUUGCCGAAUGCCAGUACCUUGACUCUAGCGAAUUCGCCGUGCCAGAAUGACGAAGAGGUGCAGCGCAUGCAAGAAAUGCUGAGUAUAGCUGAACGCGAGCGACAGCGUGCUUUCGACGAGCGUCUUACUUUUGCAAUCUGGGACCGUGCAACUGCAAACGCCAAUCCUGCCACCGAUCUCAUCGUCUGCCUAGAAACCAAGCAGAGCAUUGGUUUCCGAUACGAAGACAUUAACCGCCCAGUCGUCAUUCACCAUGGAUCUAAGGACUCACGCGUGCCCGUCGACAAUGUGCGAUGGCUAGGCAAGCUAAUGCGGAAAUGCGAGGUCCGCAUCUUGGAGGGCGAGCAGCACGGACUCAUGGCUAGCGCGCAGGUCAUGGGCAAUGUGCUCACGGAGAUGGCGAGCGACUGGGAGGACUGGAACAACGCCACACGAUAUUCGAGCGAGCGUACCGUCUCAAGGAGACGGACAACCGAAAAGCUGAAGACACAAGUAAGCUUCACUAACUAG